AUGGACGCGAUACGGGCAGCGCUGCGCCUGCCAGUCCAAGCUGUCGCGGCGAAGGAAGCGGCGCGGGACCAGGCAUUCGAGAAGCGUGCAGUCGACUCAUACGGCUACAUGUUUGCCUCAUGCGCUCAAGGCGCGUACGCUUACACCAAGAGCCACGAGCGCGUUCUCUACGCACUGUUGCGGCGCCACCACACGUCGCUGCGCCUUCGCGGUCAAGCCACGACAGCUUCAUUUGUGCAACUGCACGCGAUUGCAUUUGUUGCUGGACAGUACGCUGGUUCGGCCCUCGACAUUUCGGCGCUUGCACCAUUCUCGUUGCGACUGCGGUUAGACACGCUGCCGGUGGCCACUGACGCACAGCUCAUUGUCCUACAAGCCGCAGUGGAUCCAAUGGAAGGACUUAUUUGCGUCCAUGAGCCCAACGCUUCGUUCCCCGACGACGCAGCAUGCAUGCUAUGGACACCAGGGUGUAAAUUCGGCGGGUUUACGUUUCCUUCGACGCCAUUUGCGCCACAGCGUACGCCCAGCCCGACAGCCUUCAACGAUAGUCUUGUUCGGGAUCCGACGCGCCACAACCUAUACGCGUUUGACGGGAUGCUCCAAACGUUUCAAGUCCCGGCUGUGACCUCGUACAUUGUGCGACCGCCCCUCUACUCGGACGACGCGCUUUCGUACAAGACGCUCAGUGUUCAACAGAUUCGCAUGUGGGCCAUCGAUCGGCGAAAGCGAGCAAACUCCUUGCGGCGCGACGGCAAGGUCACCGAAGCCAUUGUCGAGUACACAUCUGCGAUCGAGAUGGAUCCAGACGACGGCGAAACGUACUACGCGCAUUUGCAGAAGGUGCUCUCAUUGGAUCCAGCCCAUGCCAUGGCGACUGAAAAGCUCCGUGGUCUCGGUCGAGACCUCAGUGACAUGGCGACAACAGCGGCAAUCCCCGACCCGCAGCGCCUAUUGCAUCUGCUGCAAGACGAACUGAAGGCGCGCAAGAAAGAGAAGAAGCCCAAGAAGGAGCACAAGAAGAAGGAUGAACGACGUCGAAGCAAGGAGCGCAAGCGACGACAAGAUCGUGCCGGACUCGCGGCUAUGGCGGCACGUCUGAACCAGCGCAACCAGCGCGAGACAGACUCUUUCGCUGCACUCAUCGCAUCGUACCAGCAAAUGAUGGCGCAGUUGCAAUAUGUCACCUCGCAAAACCAAAAGCUUCAUCAGCUCCAGACGGUGCCGCUUGCGUCGCCAACACGGACGGUCGCACUGAAGGACGAGCAGCUCCUUCAGCUGCAGCGCAAGAUCUAUGACAUGGAUUCAACGGGCAAAGAAAUGGAAAAGGAGAUGCAUGUACUACGUGAGGAGCUUAACCGCCAGCGCGUUCGCGCCGAGCUUGCGGAGCAAGAAACCGAAGAAUUUCGCCGCCGCGUGCGCGAACUCGAGUCGCAGCUCGUCCAGAAAAGCAAGAUGAUGGCGGAGCUCGUGCUGCAAGAACCGGAGCUCAAGCCUGUGCCCUUGCGACAGGAAGCUAUGCGGCGCGACGAGCUUCCAGCCGGCGGAGGGCCUUCGAGCCUCGUCUCUCUUCAGCAUGGAAAAAGCAUACGGGCACAUGCGACCGAAGUCAACAGCGUUUGCUUCAACGGGUCCGGGAAGAUCGUCUUCUCCGCCAGCAGUGAUGGUACUGUGCGCGCGUGGGACGCUCACUCGUGCCAAGCAAAGGCUGACUACCGCGGUCUCGGCAUGUCCCAGCCUCUAAUCUGCGUCCGCGUAUCUGAGGACGGCGAGCUCGUGCUCGGCACUGGCUGCGACCGCAUCUGCCAAGUUUGGCGCGUAGGCACGGGGCGCAUUGCUCACACGCUGCUUGGACACAAAGGGAAAGUGUACGCCGCCGAGUUCCUCCUCGAUCGAACCAACGAAGUCUUGACGGGCGGCGCCGACCGAUCGAUUCGUGUCUGGGACGUCGUAAGCGGCCGCAACCUUAAAAGCUUUAGCUGCCGGUCGACGUGCAACGACAUAGCCGUCGGCGUAGGCGGGCAGUUUGCAAGUGCGCAUCAAGACGCCGCCGUGCGAUUCUGGGAUGCCCGCACAAAAGCGCCCAUUCACGAGCUCAGCGACGUGCACAGCGAUCAAAUUACGUCCGUGUCGUAUGCCAGCGAUGGUUACAAAUUGCUCACAAACUCCCGCGACAACACCCUCAAGCUACUCGAUACCAGGACGUAUGGUGAGCUUGGGACAUACACCGCUCCAAGCUACGUCUGCGGCUUCAACUGGUCGAAAGCGUCGCUGACGCCGGAUGGAGCGUAUAUCGCUGCCGGCAGCACGACUGGGGCGGUGCUCAUCUGGGACGCGCUCUCCCAGCAGGUGUGGCGCGAGAACAAGGAUACGCACACGGGUGCGGUUGUUAGCUGCAUGUGGAGUCCCAACGGUCGUCUCCUCGCAUCCUGUGAUAAGAACGGGUGCCUGGUACUCUGGGAGUAA